CAAGCCAUUUGGGUGAUGCUGCGACAGGAGAGAUUUUUGCAUUACAAAGACGCAAUUUUAAAAAUGCAGAGCAGGUAGUUAAUAACUAAGAGCCUGGGGGAUGGAAAAGAGGAGAGAGGCAGGAGCAUCAUCAGCCAGCUGGGGGCUGACCUGAUUCCCUAGAAUCCUCAGCUCUCUUUCUCUUUCCUCCCAACAUCCUUCCUUUCCUUUUUCUCGUCCUCCCCCAUCCCCCCUUUUCCCUUCUCCUGAUAAGCAGCUCCGGGAAACAAAGAGCCGGGCUCUCCAGACCUCGACGCUGGAACCUAGGGCUCUCUGAGAAUCAUCUCAAUUUGGGGACCAGGGCUGUGGAGCUCCGGUCCCCUCCCCAACCUCCCCCGCCUCCCUUGCAUGCUCGCUGCUCCCUCCCUGCUCGCUGCCUCCCCCACCAUCGCAGCGCUGGGAGGAAGGCGGCCAGGGCUCAAGAUGGCUUUAGCCCGGCUCUGCGCCCUGUUAGCCUGCUGCUGGGGGCCGGCUGCGGUGCUGGCCACAGCUGCGGGAGACGUGGAUCCUUCCAAGGAGCUGGAGUGUAAGCUCAAGAGCAUCACUGUGUCGGCGCUGCCCUUCCUUCGCGAGAACGACCUGAGCAUCAUGCACAGUCCCUCGGCCUCGGAACCCAAGCUCCUCUUCUCUGUGCGCAAUGACUUCCCUGGAGAAAUGGUCGUGGUGGACGACCUAGAGAACACGGAGCUACCCUACUUCGUGCUGGAGAUCUCAGGGAAUACGGAGGACAUCCCGCUGGUGCGCUGGAGGCAGCAAUGGCUGGAGAACGGUACUUUGCUUUUUCACAUCCAUCACCAAGAUGGUGCUCCAAGUCUCCCUGGACAAGACCCAACUGAGGAGCCCCAGCAUGAGUCAGCAGAAGAGGAGCUGAGGAUCCUCCACAUCUCUGUCAUGGGUGGCAUGAUUGCCCUGCUCCUCUCCAUUCUGUGCCUGGUGAUGAUCCUGUACACUCGCAGGCGCUGGUGCAAACGUCGCCGGGUUCCCCAGCCCCAGAAGAGUGCCAGUGCAGAGGCAGCCAAUGAGAUCCACUACAUUCCAUCUGUGCUGAUUGGAGGCCAUGGGCGGGAAAGCUUGCGCAAUGCCCGUGUGCAGGGACACAACUCCAGCGGCACCCUGAGCAUCCGGGAGACACCCAUCCUGGAUGGCUAUGAGUAUGACAUCACAGACCUGCGUCACCACCUGCAGAGGGAGUGCAUGAAUGGAGGGGAGGAUUUUGCCAGUCAGGUCACACGCACUUUGGACUCCCUACAGGGCUGCAAUGAGAAGUCUGGCAUGGACCUCACACCAGGAAGUGACAAUGCCAAGCUUUCCCUGAUGAACAAGUAUAAAGAUAAUAUCAUAGCCACAAGCCCGGUGGAUGCCAACCACCAGCAAGCCACUCUGCUCUCCCACACUUCCAGCAGCCAGAGGAAGAGGAUCAACAACAAAGCCAGAGCUGGUUCUGCCUUCUUGAACCCUGAGGGGGACUCUGGCACAGAGGCAGAAAAUGACCCACAGCUGACCUUUUACACGGACCCCUCUCGGAGCCGGAGGCGCAGUCGAGUGGGCUCUCCCCGAAGUCCUGUGAAUAAGACCACCCUGACCCUGAUCAGCAUCACCAGCUGUGUGAUUGGCCUUGUGUGCUCCUCGCAUGUCAGCUGCCCUCUUGUUGUCAAAAUCACCCUACAUGUCCCCGAGCACCUGAUUGCCGAUGGGAGCCGCUUCAUCCUGCUGGAGGGGAGCCAGCUGGAUGCCAGUGACUGGCUGAACCCUGCCCAAGUGGUUCUCUUCUCUCAACAGAACUCCAGUGGGCCCUGGGCCAUGGACCUCUGUGCCCGGCGGCUUCUGGACCCUUGUGAACACCAAUGUGACCCCGAAACUGGUAGGCGGGAGCACCGGGCAGCGGGGGAAUGUCUGUGCUAUGAAGGCUACAUGAAGGAUCCUGUCCACAAGCAUCUUUGCAUUCGGAAUGAAUGGGGGACAAACCAGGGGCCUUGGCCUUACACAAUAUUUCAGCGAGGCUUUGACCUGGUCUUGGGAGAACAGCCCUCUGAUAAAAUAUUCAGAUUUACCUAUACCCUCGGGGAAGGCAUGUGGUUGCCCCUCAGUAAGAGCUUCGUGAUUCCCCCAGCUGAACUGGCCAUCAAUCCAUCGGCAAAGUGUAAGACCGACAUGACUGUGAUGGAAGACGCUGUGGAGGUCAGAGAGGAGCUGAUGACAUCAUCAUCCUUUGACAGCCUGGAGGUCCUCUUAGACUCCUUUGGACCAGUGCGUGAUUGCAGCAAAGAUAAUGGAGGCUGCAGUAAGAAUUUUCGUUGCAUUUCAGAUCGCAAGUUGGACUCUACUGGUUGUGUGUGCCCUUCAGGACUCAGCCCUAUGAAGGACAGCUCAGGUUGCUAUGACCGCCACAUCGGGGUGGACUGCUCAGAUGGUUUCAACGGCGGCUGCGAACAGCUUUGUCUCCAGCAGAUGGCGCCCUUUCCGGACGACCCCACCUUGUACAACAUCCUGAUGUUCUGUGGGUGUAUCGAAGACUACAAGCUUGGUGUGGAUGGACGGUCUUGCCAACUGGUCACCGAGACCUGCCCAGAGGGAGGCGACUGUGGGGAAGGCAGAGAGGUCCCCAUGAACCAGACUCUCUUUGGGGAGAUGUUCUUUGGUUACAACAACCAGUCCAAGGAAGUGGCCACUGGACAGGUGCUAAAAGGAACGUUCAGACAAAAUAACUUUGCUCGUGGUUUAGACCAACAACUGCCAGAUGGUCUUGUGGUGGCCACUGUCCCACUGGAGAGUCAGUGUCUAGAGGAAAUCUCGGAGCCCACUCCUGACCCUGACUUCUUGACUGGGAUGGUGAACUUCAGUGAAGUGUCUGGCUACCCGGUGCGGCAACACUGGAAGGUUCGGUCUGUAAUGUACCACAUCAAACUCAACCAAGCAGCUGUCUCUCAGGCCUUCAGCAAUGCUCUCCACUCCUUGGAUGGGGCUACAUCUCGUGCAGAUUUUGUGGCCUUGUUGGAUCAGUUUGGUAACCAUUACAUCCAGGAAGCUGUUUAUGGCUUUGAGGAAUCCUGUUCCAUAUGGUACCCAAACAAGCAAGUCCAGCGGCGACUCUGGCUGGAGUAUGAAGACAUCAGUAAAGGCAACUCUCCAUCUGAUGAGUCGGAGGAGCGGGAAAGAGAUCCCAAGGUGCUGACAUUCCCAGAAUACAUCGCUAGCCUGUCAGACUCUGGCACCAAGCGUAUGGCAGCUGGAGUCCGAAUGGAGUGCCAGAGCAAGGGACGAUGCCCCUCAUCCUGUCCUUUGUGUCAUGUGACAUCCAACCCUGAAACCCCUGAUGAACCGGUUCUGCUGGAAGUAACCAGAGCAUCUCCCAUCUAUGAACUGGUGACCAAUAACCAGACCCAGAGGCUCUUACAGGAGGCCACUAUGAGCUCUCUCUGGUGUUCAGGGACUGGAGAUGUCAUUGAGGAUUGGUGUCGAUGUGACUCUACUGCUUUUGGAGCGGAUGGACUUCCUACCUGUGCGCCCCUCCCACAGCCUGUGCUGAGACUUUCCACAGGGCAUGAACCUAGUAGCACCCUUGUGGUCCUGGAGUGGGAACAUUCGGAGCCACCAAUUGGAGUGCAGAUUGUAGAUUACCUGAUCCGGCAAGAGAAAGUCACUGACCGGAUGGACCACUCCAAAGUAGAGACAGAAACAGUGCUGAGCUUUGUAGAUGACAUCAUCUCUGGAGCAAAGGCUCCAUGUGCCAUGCCGUCUCAGGUGCCAGACAAGCAGCUUACCACUAUUUCUCUCAUCAUCCGAUGCCUGGAACCUGACACCAUUUACAUGUUCACCCUCUGGGGAGUAGACAACACAGGGCGACGCUCCAGGCCAAGUGAUGUGAUUGUGAAGACCCCAUGUCCUGUGGUGGAUGAUGUCAAAGCCCAAGAAAUAGCAGACAAGAUCUACAAUCUCUUCAAUGGCUACACCAGCGGGAAGGAGCAGCAGACUGCCUACAACACCCUUCUGGAUCUGGGUUCCCCCACUUUGCAUCGAGUCCUCUACCACUACAAUCAGCACUACGAGAGUUUUGGGGAAUUCACCUGGCGGUGUGAAGAUGAAUUAGGACCCAGGAAAGCGGGCCUCAUUCUUUCCCAGCUUGGAGAUCUGAGCAGCUGGUGCAAUGGACUCCUUCAGGAACCCAAGAUAAGCUUGAGGCGUGGUUCCCUCAAGUACCUGGGCUGCCGCUACAGUGAGAUCAAGCCCUAUGGACUGGACUGGUCAGAGCUCAGCCGGGACCUCAGGAAGACAUGUGAGGAACAGACCUUGAGUGUCCCCUACAAUGACUAUGGGGACAGCAAAGACAUCUAGCACCAUGAGGUCAGGGAGUCACUGCCAAAAUAAAGCAGGAGAGAAGAGGGUGACAUCUGGGUUGGUUUGUGGAUUUUUAGACAUUUUUUACAUGGAACAUCCAAAGCUCCACAGGAACCUUCUAAACAGGAAGAGGGUGACCCUUGCUCCCUGCAGGACUUGUCCAGUGUGAUGUUCUCCACCUGCAUGAUCAAUCAACCCGCCAGCCAGUAGCUUCAUGCAGCACCAGUUUUUUUUUUCCCUUAGAAAAUUAUCUUGAAACUCACUUUAGUAUUCAUUUGUUUCGUUCAUUUUUUUUUUUCUGUCAAGAAAUUCACCAGGAUGCUCAAGAGCUCCAUCCCGCUUCCUACAAAAGGUCAAAAGUGAAGGUAUUUUUGCUUAAGGAUCCCAAGUCUGUGGCACCUGGGGACAGACGUGAGAUCAUAAUACUUCACUCGCCUCAUGCCCGAGCUCAGGCAUUUCUUAGGAAGCAUCGGCAUGCUGGAGCCAAGGCAUGUGCUGAAGAUGAUAAUGAGGUGACUCAUGUCUG